CUUCCCAUGCCGCUGCUUCGAUUUGUAUCAGAUACAGCGGCUCAAGCUGCAGGUAGAAGUAACAACUUACUUGGAUGAUCGCAACUCGCUGAAUGAUGCCUCAACCCUCAACCCCCAAAGACUAGUCGAUAGUAACGACAAAGGUCCCUCCUCCCUGGAACCCCUCAAUCCAUUCUCCACCCGAUUCAUCCAAGCCCACUAUAGCCCAUUACAAGAUGAGCACCGCCGCAAAAGAGCGAAAGCGAGCAGCAGACCGCGAGGCCCAGCGCCACAAUCGCGCUCGAACCAAGGCCUACAUCACCUACCUGGAAAAGACCCUGCAAGAUCUGUCCGGCCCAAGCGGGCAAGGGCAAGACACCCUCGGCCACCAACUCGCCCAGCAGCAGGAGAAGAUCAACCACCUCCAGGAAACCCUGCGCAAGAUCGCCCGUCUCGCCCAAGACGCCGCGAAUCCACUUUCUGCUUCAUUCUCUACUGCUUCGGAUCCAGCCGGGCCCCCGACCGCCCCACCUCAACCUACAGUUGAAGAACCCCUUCCCACCAGGGCAUGCAACAUCCUCCCCGCCGCCACCGGCUUUUUCGGACUGGACCUGAUCUGCUCCGACCGCGAGCGGAACUAUCUCGCGGUGCUGGGGAGCGCCGUGACGCUGGUGCAGUGCUGUUCGCCUGCUCUCUCGGAGAACCCGAUUUCGAGUUCAGGACCAACACGCGAUGACGAUUUCUGCAUUCGCGCCGUCGUCGACGGCUGGAAGGUCGCCACGGCGCGAACUGAGGCCGAUGUGGUCUGGAGUCUCCUGCAGGCGAUCGACGAGGGCCUGUUCUACCGGACCGAUCCCGUGACGCGGAUUGCGCUGCUGCGGAUCAUGAGGUCCAUGCUGUUGCAAAGGAUGGGCGUUGCCCAGGAAGCUUCCUCGCUCCCGGAGUAUAUGUUCGCCACCCCCGUGCAAACGAGUGUCCCGCAUCAGCCGUUCCUGGACUUCUUCCCGUGGCCGCAGUUUCGAGAUACCUGGAUCGUGAAAGGCAUGGAGUACGCGGACGAGAACUGCGCCGCGUCGUUUGGCGCCCGGAUCCGCUUCGAGUGGCCAUUUGAGCUCCGCGAUGUGUACAAAAGGAACGUCCUGACUGGGACGGUAUCCUUCUCCGCGGAGUUCGAGAGCCGGUACCGAGAUCUGGGCAGCUGGAGGCUUGAUUCGGAGGGGGACUGGCUGCGGUGGUCGUCGGAGGCUUAUCCCUGUCCAGUGCUGCCGGAGGAACUGCUUUCGCUUUCGCUUUCAGGAGAUGCGCAUGAAUACGAUGGAACUUGAAGAUGGGCAAGCUUGGGACAACAAUCGCACACGGUCCCCAUAUAUGUUUAGCUACCAAGCAAGUUCCGGAUAUCUGAACGUGAAUGCCCUACCCGACUGGCCAAAGUGUGCCACUUGGUCCGCCUCUGGAUCUCAGGUUCGCUGGGAUCUCCAUGCGCCGCAUCCCUCCGGAGCUCUGUGUCUGCAUUCAGAAAUGGAAUUUGCAGUCCAAUGCCGCCCCAACAUUGUGGCUAUCAUCCAUGCCCGCAGGCAACCCGGUCCUCUUCAAGCCCUAUGUGGUACCUCUUGGGAUCAGUCUACAGCCUUGGACCGAAUGCAACUCGAGCAAUGAUCCCACGAAGAUUCUAGACAAUGCU